AUGGGAAACCACUCCAGAAUUGCACAAUUCAUUUUGGAAGGAUUCUCAGGACCCCUAGAGCUACAGCUGGGUUUGUCUUUUCUUUUCAUGCUGCUGUACAUUGCAACAUUGAUGGGAAAUAUUGGAAUGAUCAUUAUUAUUACUCUUGAUCCUCAGCUCCGAAGUCCUAUGUACUUCUUCCUGAAGAAUUUAUCCUUCUUGGAUACCUGCUAUUCUUCUGUUAUAACUCCCAGAGCCAUGGUGAACUUUGCAACAGGGCAGAAAGGCAUUUUCUAUAAUGCAUGUGCCAUACAAAUGUUCCUUUUCUCUCUUUUUGGAACAACUGAAUGUUUCUUACUAGCUGUAAUGGCAUAUGACCGAUUUACUGCCAUCUGCAAUCCCCUGCUUUAUAAUGUCACCAUGUCCAGGAAAACCUGCAUACUUCUAAUAACGGUUUGCUAUUUCUUUGGUUUCCUCAACUGUUGCACACAGACAAGCCUUACUUUCAGCUUAUCCUAUUGUGAACCAGGGGAAAUUAACCAGUUUUUCUGUGACGUCCCCGCUGUCAUGAAAGCAGCUUGCUCAGACACUUUUGUAAAUGAGAUUGUGCUCUUAGCACUGUGUGGAUUUAUCAUAGUGAUAACAUCCACUAUAGUUUUGGUUUCCUAUGUCUAUAUUGUGGCCACAAUUCUCCACAUGCCUUCUGUAGAGGGAAGACACAAAGCUUUUUCAACCUGUACUUCCCAUAUCAUGGCUGUUAGCUUGUUCUUUGGAACAGCUUUCUUCAUGUAUGGUCAACCUGGAGCUAUGGCUUCUCCGAAUCAAGGCAAAGUUGUUUCUAUUUUUUAUACUGUUGUAAUUCCUAUGUUGAAUCCAUUAAUUUACAGCCUAAGGAACAAAGAGGUCAAAGAUGCAUUAGGAAGACAGCUAAAAAGGGUGACUUUCUUCAGAUGA